AUGAUGCUCAAAGUGUAUAUUCUUGGCCUGUUGAUCAUGGCAUCUACUAUGGUGUUGGCUGUGCCACUCCAAAAGCGAGGUCUCAAGAGCUGUUACAAGCAUGCCAAGCUCACACAGUAUUGGAUCCCUAAAGAAGGAGACACCGAUAUGACCAAUGAUGGUGAUUCGGUCAAGCUAUCAGGUCCCAAAACCAAAAAACUCAAGACCAAGAGCGGCAAGGUGAUUGCCAAGGUAUCCAAGGCUACGUUUAAAAAGUUCCAAAUGGAAGGCACCGGCUUGCUCGAGGAUGGUGACAUGGUGAAUUUGGACGAUGGCAAAGACGAGUUUAUGAAGGUCGACCGUAAAAAGGAUCCUUAUGGUAUUGGCUCUGAUGAUGAUAUCAAGCUUGAUCCUUGGGUCAGUGUCGCUGCCAAUGAUCUCGAUGCAGGUACCACGCUCUAUAUCAAGCAACUUGAUGGUACCAAACUUCCUGAUGGCAAAGUCCACAAUGGCUGUGUACGUGUUGACGAUGAAGGCUGGAGCUUUGAAGACUGCCAGCUCGAUUUCUUUGUGCUUCAAUAUUCAGCAUACAAACAACUCGACAAGGCAUUACCAGAAAAAGUGCAUGUCGAAAAGAAGGAUUGCGAAGUCAAGGAUUACAUUACCGGCAAGGUCCAAAAGUGGGCUGUCUUAAAGGGAAAGGCCAAAGGAGUAAGCUCUUCAUCUUCAGACGACGACGACAACGAUGACGAUGAUGACGACGACGACGAUGACAAGAAAAAGAAGCAUCACCACCACAAACACCACGACAAGAAGAAAAAGAAACAUCAUCACCAUGACGACGACGACGAUGAUGAUGAUGACGAUCACCAUGACAAGAAAAAGAAGCACCAUCACCAUGACGACGAUGAUGAUGACGAUGAUAGCCACGACAAGAAGAAAAAGAAGCACCAUCACCAUCAUGAUGACGACGAUGACGAUGAUGAUGAUGAUUAA